UGUGUCUUUGUCCGGAGCAUGGUAAAGGACUAUUACAACUACUCUGCACAGUCAUAUGUUAAUGACAUUCACUCUCAGAGAAUGAAUAAAUCAUGUCUCAGAAUACACAUCUGAGUCCAUGCUUUAGCAGCUAGGUGUUUGUGUGCGUGCGUGCGUGCGUGCGUGCGUGCGUGCGUGCGUGGGAGGAAAGACAGGACGGGAACACUACGGCUGAAACAUUAAAGCAGCAAGACAAAAGAGAAUCUCUGGUACCUGUUUCCUCCGCCUUGCAGCUUGGUGCUCAAUUCCGCUCUAACUGAUGCUCAGAGAGAUCGUGUGAGAGGGAUAGAGAGGUGGAGGAGAGAAGUGAGAGAGCGCUGAGAGCGGGAGUGAGAGCAGAGCAGGGUGUGAGCGAGAUAGACAGAGCACGAGAACCAGAAAGAACGCGCACAUGAAGGAGAAGAGACUGAGAGAAGGGGGUUGUUUUAUGUGUGCUGCUCGUGUGCAUGACUGAGGAGCCUUCCUGUCUGGAUCGUUAGCCAUCUCCAGCCCCAGAGCUGGGCUCUGUGCUCCAUAGGCUGUACUGACUGAGGAACACAGGGACAGACAGACAGACAGAGGCUAGGGGACUUUGAGAGGGCUGUGCAGAGGAUGUGCUGGCUGCGUGGGCUCUGUCGCCGUGAUUGCUGUCGCCAGACCCCUCAGCUGCCUCUGCCUCGCUCGGCUGCUGGCGCAGGCCCCCACUUAGCCCAGCACUAGGAGGACAUCAGCAGUCAUUGGUAGAGAGAUGAGCUCCAAGCACUCUUCCGACUGGAUCCCCUACAGUACCUUGGACGAUGAGGGCAGCAACCUCCGCCAACAGAAGCUAGACAGACAGCGAGCUCUCCUAGAGCAGAAGCAGAAGAAGAAGAGACAGGAGCCUCUGAUGGUGCAGUCCAACGUGGACGGGCGGUCUCGUGCCCGCAGGACCAAGCAAUGUGAGGAGCAGGCUCCCCUGGUAGAGUCUUACCUCAGCAGCAACAGGAGCACCAUCUACCACGUGCAAGAAGCUGAACAUGAGGAGGUGAAGGUGGUAGCGGACAACCAGGCUCCUCGCUCAGCCAAAAAGGGCAAGGCAUCGACCAGCUCCACCCCUCAGACAGGCAGCGGCAAGAAGGAGAGGAAGGGGAAGCACAAAGGACUCGAUGGGCCGGCGUCCUUCCAGGAAGAGGGACAGAUCCAGAUCAUGACGGUGGGUCACUGGGCCGUGGAGGAGGGGAGUGAGGGAGAUGCUGUGAUCAGUGCUCAGCCACAGAGCAAGCAGGACCUGAGGGUCACCAUGCUUAAGAAAGGUAUUUCUAGUAGUAUGAACUUUGACGAAGAGGAGGAUGAUGAGGAUGAAGUCAGUUCCAGUUCCUCUCAGCUCAACAGUAACACACGGCCAGGCUCUGCCACCAGCAAGAAGUCCUGCAAGGAGGCAGCCAAGGCGUCCACCCCUCCCGUCAGUGAGCCGGCGAUCGACGUGGACGACCUGGAGGAGUUCACCCUGAGACCAGCCCCUCAGGGGAUCACAGUGAAGUGCAGGAUCACCAGAGACAAGAAGGGCAUGGACCGAGGCAUGUACCCUACCUACUACCUCCACCUGGAGAGGGAGGAUGGGAAGAAGGUGUUCUUGUUAGCUGGAAGGAAGAGAAAGAAGAGCAAAACAUCUAAUUACCUCAUCUCCAUCGAUCCCACUGAUCUGUCUCGAGGGGGGGAGAGUUUCAUCGGGAAGCUGAGAUCCAACCUCAUGGGAACCAAGUUUACAGUGUAUGACAGUGGACAGAACCCUGGGAAGACAACCUCCAGCCUAGAGGCUACUAACCUGCGGCAGGAGCUGGCAGCUGUCUGCUAUGAAACCAAUGUUUUAGGGUUCAAAGGACCUCGUAAAAUGAGUGUCAUCAUUCCUGGAAUGAACAUGGACCAUGAGAGAGUUGCCAUCUGCCCACGGAAUGACCAUGAGUCUUUGUUGGCGCGGUGGCAGAACAAGAGCACAGAGAGCGUGAUCGAGCUUCACAACAAGACCCCCGUGUGGAAUGACGACACGCAGUCCUACGUUCUCAACUUCCACGGCAGAGUCACUCAGGCCUCAGUCAAGAAUUUCCAGAUCAUCCACGACAAUGACCCGGACUACAUUGUGAUGCAGUUUGGGCGGGUUGCGGAGGAUGUAUUCACUAUGGACUAUAACUACCCUAUGUGUGCCCUCCAAGCCUUCGCCAUUGCUCUCUCCAGCUUUGACAGCAAGCUGGCCUGUGAGUAGCAGCCAUCCUCUCUCCUUUCCUUCCUGAGAGGCUACCUGGCCCUAACUGAAGGCCUACUCAUGGGCCUCCAUUAGUCCAUCAGUCCCCUCACCAAGGGCUGCAGUUAAUCCCGGGUCACCAUGGAGGCCCAACACUGUCCGAGAAUCCCCCCUGGAAUUUGCUUAAGCCGAGUAUGGUGUGGAGACACAAACUGUCCGCAAGUGUAUGUGUUCUGGUGCUCCUUAGGAACCCUUCCAAUCUCUAUUCUGGAUAAGGAUAUGUCAAUCAGUGAACAGGACAAGCACAAAGACUAAUCCACUCUUGAUUUUAAUAGAUCAUGUUUUAAAUUAAAUAUGUAACAAUGAAUUCUGUUACUUUAUGGAUCCGUUGUGGAAUUCUAACAUUUCUUUAACCAUUAAUUACUUUUCAAUGAAUUUAACAUUUAUUGCAGCAACAAAAAAACGAACAACUGUUCAUCGUCAUGUUGAAUUGGUUGAAGGAGUUUCAUCAUAGUAAUUAACCCCCACAUGCCACCUUUAACUUAUUCAAUAUUGGACUGGAAACCAUUAGGUUACAAAUUAGGACCCAUUCAAGAUUGAAAACAUAAUUCAAGAUAAAGCUCCUAACAAAUAACACUUUAACUUCAUAACUGUCACUAAUAUUACUUAUUUGAACAUCACAUAACAUUCACAUCCAUGUAUGUUUUUAUAUUGUUAUUUAUGUAUUUAUACAUAUCCACGACACAGGUAACUGACAAAAUAAAGGAAACACCAACAUAAAGUGUCUUAAUAGGUUGUAGGGCCACCACAAGCCAGAACAGCUUCAAUGCACCUUGGUAUAGAUUCUACACGUGUCUGGAACUCUAUUGGAGGGAUGCGACACCAUUUUUCCACAAGAAAUUCCAUCAUUGGGUGUUUUGUUGAUGGUGGUGGAAAAUGCUGUCUCAGGCGCCGCUCCAGAAUCUCCCAUAAGUGUUCAAUUGGGUUGAGAUCUGGUGACUGAGACACACACCCUUUUAAACCCCCUAUACUUCUUUGAGACCCCUCUUUCAAAUAAAUGGAUAUCUCUUCUUCUAGCCAUGGUAGCCAAAAUAAUGGGUAACUGGGCAUUUUUAUACAUGACCCUAAGGAUGAUGGGGUGUUAAUUGCUUAAAUAACUGAGGAACCACACCUGUGUGGAAGCACCUGCUUUCAAUAUACUUUGUAUCCCUCAUUUACUCAAGUGUUUUCUUUAUUCUGGCAGUUACCUGUAUGUUGUUCUUAAGUGUGUCCAUAUCCUUAGUUUACACUCAUUGAAUCUUUGUUUUUGAGCCUGAAGCACACAUGAUUGAAGGGAAUAUCUGUCAUACCGACACAGGAUAAAAACAGAUAGUUAGUCAAUUGGACAUGAACAGACCAGGUCAAGUCAAGGGCAUGACACACAGUCUGUGCACCUUGUAAAACAUCAUAUCACACUAUCAAGUAUGAGAAUGUAUAGGAUGGAGCACUUUAAUGACGUUUACAGUGUAUGUGAAAUAGCUGUACAUAUUGUGCCUUUGGAGACAAAAUCCAAUUUUAUGCUUUAACUUUAUCAGAUGUUCUUUCUCUGAGACGGGACUUUGUAAUGCACCUGACCUGUCUGAGCCUGGGAUUCUUUUUCUGCCUGCUUCCUCUCCCACCCUCUACUGAUGGGAUUUGGUCCCUUUUCUAUUUGGUUAUAUCUGAUUAUAUUAUUUUCAGAUGAUGAAGUCACUAAAGUCAGGUUUUUUAUAUGCCCCUACUGUAAAUUCUCAACUCCCUGAAUAAAAUAUGAUUUACUAAUUUGUCCCCAGGAAUCUUAACAAAUUUAUAUUCAGUAAUAUAACGUACAGAAUCGGUUAUUGGCACCAGGCGUAAGACCAUGGGCAUUGUGGUUUGCAGAUGCACUCAUAUCUUCAUCUGACAUUAUCAGAUGAACUGAUAACAUCCAUCUGAUAAUGUGAAUCAUUUCACAUGUUAUCAGAGACCAAACCACUCAGAUAUGGCAAGGAUAGUAGCAGGCCUGCGUGUAUUAACACACAUACUAAUAUCUCAUGUUAUCCUAUAUUGACAUCAUUCUCUAUGAAUCUGGCAUACCAGAGGAUUUUAUUCUCUAUAUUUUAGUGAAUCAAUAAACAUCUUUACCCUCCUUUUAAAUAUAUAUAUAUUUUUCUGACUUUAUUGAACAGAUAGAGAGGAUGAUAGUGGGGAAAGAUGGAGAGGUUGUGUCAAAGGGCAGUAGACUGGAUUCAAACCUAUGCUGAUAAUGUAGAAAUGUGCUGGAGGCUGCGACAUUACCACUAGACCACCUGGCCACACUUGUUGAGAGGCAAAAACCUUUCACAAAAUAUAUGAUGGAUAUUAAGUGGAAAAUGAAGACCAAAUGAAGGCAACAGCAAAGAACAAUCUCUAAUGAGGCAGCUCAUUGCUAUUGUAAGUUAUGAAAAAGGGUCUACUUUAAUCAACCAUGAUAUUCCUGUUUUUUAGUAAUGUGUUCCAACUCUUCUGAAUUUUUAGGCAAACUGUUGAGAUCCUUGCAGAAAAAAUACUGUGCUUUUCAUAUCAAGUUUCUUUGUGUCCAAGAAACAAGGCCCUUUCAUUCUAUGAGUGUGUUUAGUACUGUUUCACUGUAAUGUAAAAUGUGUACAUUGUUCAAUAUACAGUGUUUGUAUACACACAGUUCUCUGAUUAUGAAAAAAAUAAAACUUCAAUGAGUCAAACAACA